AUGGGAAUAACAUGGGUGAGCUUAUGGGACCAAGGAGGAGCUGAUGAAGUUGUCAGUGUCUCUGUUCGGAGUGGAGACCUCUGGAUCCCAGAGAAGAGCUUCGACUCCAAGAAUCAUCCAGAAGUGCUGAAUAUUCAAAUACAACUGGAAAGCAAAGAACUGAUCAUAAAUCUGGAAAGAAAUGAAGGUCUCAUUGCCAGCAGUUUCACGGAAACCCACUAUCUGCAAGAUGGUACUGAUGUCUCCCUCGCUCGAAAUUACACGGGUCACUGUUACUACCAUGGACAUGUACGGGGAUAUUCUGAUUCAGCCGUCAGUCUCAGCACCUGUUCUGGUCUCAGGGGACUUAUUAUGUUUGAAAAUGAAACCUAUGUCUUAGAACCAAUGAAAAAUGCAACCAACAGAUACAAACUCUUCGCAGCGAAGAACCUGAAAAGCAUCUGGGGAUCAUGUGGAUCACAUCACAACACAUCAAGCCUCACUGCAGAUAAUGUGUUCCCACCGCCCUCUCAGACAUGGGCAAGAAGGCAUAAAAGGGAGACCCUCAAGGCGACCAAGUAUGUGGAGCUGGUGAUCGUGGCGGACAACCGAGAGUUUCAGAGGCAAGGAAAAGAUCUGGAAAAAGUUAAGCAGCGAUUAAUAGAGAUUGCUAAUCACGUUGACAAGUUUUACAGACCACUGAACAUUCGGGUCGUGUUGGUAGGCGUGGAAGUGUGGAAUGACAUCGACAAAUGCUCUAUAAGUCAGGACCCGUUCACCAGCCUCCAUGAAUUUCUGGACUGGAGGAAAAUGAAGCUUCUACCUCGCAAAUCCCAUGACAACGCGCAGCUUGUCAGUGGGGUUUAUUUCCAAGGGACCAUCAUCGGCAUGGCCCCAAUCAUGAGCAUGUGCACGGCGGAACAGUCUGGGGGAAUUGUCAUGGACCAUUCAGACAGUCCCCUUGGUGCAGCCGUGACCCUUGCACAUGAGCUGGGCCACAAUUUCGGGAUGAAUCAUGAUACACUGGAGAGGGGCUGUAGCUGUCAAAUGGCGGCUGAGAAAGGAGGCUGCAUCAUGAACCCUUCCACCGGGUACCCAUUUCCCAUGGUGUUCAGCAGUUGCAGCAGGAAGGACUUGGAGACCAGCCUGGAGAAAGGAAUGGGGAUGUGCCUCUUUAACCUGCCGGAAGUCAGGGAGUCUUUCGGGGGCCAGAAGUGUGGGAACGGAUUUGUGGAAGAAGGAGAGCAGUGUGACUGCGGGGAGCCGGAGGAAUGUAUGAAUCGCUGCUGCAAUGCCACCACCUGUACCCUGAAGCCAGAUGCUGUGUGCGCACACGGGCUGUGCUGUGAAGACUGUCAGCUGAAGCCUGCAGGGACGGCAUGCAGGGACUCCAGCAACUCCUGUGACCUCCCGGAGUUCUGCACAGGGGCCAGCCCUCACUGCCCAGCCAACGUGUACCUGCACGACGGGCACCCAUGUCAGGGUGUGGACGGCUACUGCUACAAUGGCAUCUGCCAGACUCAUGAGCAGCAGUGUGUCACGCUCUGGGGACCAGGUGCUAAACCUGCCCCUGGGAUCUGCUUUGAGAGAGUCAAUUCUGCAGGUGAUCCUUAUGGCAACUGUGGCAAAGUCUCAAAGAGUUCCUUUGCCAAAUGCGAGAUGAGAGAUGCUAAAUGUGGAAAAAUCCAGUGUCAAGGAGGUGCCAGCCGGCCAGUCAUUGGUACCAAUGCUGUUUCCAUAGAAACAAACAUCCCCCUGCAGGAAGGAGGCCGGAUUCUGUGCCGGGGGACCCACGUGUACUUGGGCGAUGACAUGCCGGACCCUGGGCUUGUGCUUGCAGGCACAAAGUGUGCAGAUGGAAAAAUCUGCCUGAAUCGUCGAUGUCAAAACAUUAGUGUCUUUGGGGUUCAUGAGUGUACAGUGCAGUGCCACGGCAGGGGGGUGUGCAACAACAGGAAGAACUGCCACUGCGAGGCCCACUGGGCACCUCCCUUCUGUGACAAGUUUGGCUUUGGAGGAAGCACAGACAGCGGCCCCAUCCGGCAAGCAGAUAACCAAGGUUUAACCGUAGGAAUUCUGGUGACCAUCCUGUGUCUUCUUGCUGCUGGAUUUGUGGUUUAUCUCAAAAGGAAGACCUUGAUACGACUGUUGUUUACAAAUAAGAAGACCACCAUUGAAAAACUAAGGUGUGUGCGCCCUUCCCGGCCACCCCGUGGCUCCCAACCCUGUCAGGCUCACCUCGGCCACCUCGGAAAAGGCCUGAUGAGGAAGCCUCCAGAUUCCUACCCACCGAAGGACAAUCCCAGGAGAUUGCCACAGUGUCCGAAUGUUGACAUCAGCAGACCCCUCAACGGCCUGAAUGUCCCUCAGCCCCAGUCAACUCAGCGAGUGCUUCCUCCCCUCCACCGGGCUCCGCGUGCACCCAGCGUCCCUGCCAGACCCCUGCCAGUCAACCCUGCACUUAGGCAGGCCCAGGGGACCUGUAAGCCAAACCCCCCUCAGAAGCCUCUGCCUGCAGAUCCUCUGGCCAGAACAACUCGGCUCACCCAUGCCUUGGCCAGGACCCCAGGACAGCAGGAGACUGGGCUCCGCCUGGCACCCCUCAGACCUGCUCCACAAUAUCCACACCAAGUGCCCAGAUCCACCCACACCGCCUACAUUAAGUGAGAAGCCGACACCUUUUUUCAACAGUGAAGACAGAAGUUUGCACUAUCUUUCAGCUCCAGUUGGAGUUUUUUUGUACCAACUUUUAGGAUUUUUUUAAUGUUUAAAACAUCAUUACUAUAAGAACUUUGAGCUACUGCCGUCAGUGCUGUGCUGUGCUAUGGUGCUCUGUCUACUUGCUCAGGUACUUGUAAAUUAUUAAUUUAUGCAGAAUGUUGAUUACAGUGCAGUGCGCUGUGGUAGGCAUUUUUACCAUCACUGAGUUUUCCAUGGCGGAAGGCUUGUUGUGCUUUUAGUAUUUUAGUGAACUUGAAAUAUCCUGCUUGAUGGGAUUCUGGACAGGAUGUGUUUGCUUUCUGAUCAAGGCCUUAUUGGAAAGCAGUCCCCCACCUACCCCCAGCUGUGCUUAUGGUACCAGAUGCAGCUCAAGAGACCCCAAGUGGAACCUCAGUUGAUUUUCUAGAUUCCCUAUCUCAGGCCAGAGCCAAGGGGCUUCAGGUCCAGGCUGUGUCUGGUUUCAGGGAGGCCCUGUGCCCCUUGACAACUGGCAGGCAAGCUCCCAGGGACAGCUCUGGGACAGCAGGUAGAAAUCUGGCUUCUGGCCAGGAAGUUUUGGAGAGAACCUGGGUUGCAGACAGGAAUUUUAAGGUGUAGCCACACGAGGAUAGAGACUGGAACACUAGACAGGCUGGAACUUGACCCUGAGUUGACCAGCCGUAAGCAUGUUUGGCUCAAGGUUGUGCUUGAUAGAAAUGCCAAGCACUUCUUUUUCUGGCUGUCCUUUCUAGAGCACUGCCACCAGUAGGUUAUUUAGACUGGGAAAGGUGGUGUUUCUACAAGAAACCUACUGCCCAGGCACUGCAAACCACCACCUCCCUGUACUGCUUGGAGCCGAGCAAAUCACCACGAUCAUAUAUUCAGACAGAUGAGGCUUUCCAUGGGACCACAACUAUUUCAGAUGUGAACCAUUAACCAGAUCUAGUCAAUCAAGUCUGUCAAUUAAAAAAUCUCCUUUUACUGCAAAGUUCAACUUAUUGAAAAUUAGGCAGACUCUUUAUGCUUGCAAAAACUGCAACCAAAUGGAAUGUGAUAUUCAUGGGUAUAGCUCACGUCUGCUAUCAUUAUUCGUAGAUAUUGGACAAAGAGCCUUCUCUAUGGGGAAUCCUCUUUUUCCAGCUUGGCUGCAGGAAUCUUUAAAAGAUGCUUUUAAUAGAGUCUGAACCUAUUUCUUAAACAAACACUUGUAACCUACCUGUUGAGCAUCACAGAACGUGAUAAAGAAAUGAACCUGCUUAUCAACUACCUAAAUAUGUGUGAGAUGCUGGCUUGGGCAGCAUCCCCUUGAACUUUUCACUCUUCAAAUGCCUGACUAGGGAGCCAUGUUUCACAAGGUCUUUACGAUGACUAAUGGCAUGAGAAAUACAAAAAUACUCAGAUAAAGUAAAA